GGAGAGACGACUAGGUUCUGUUCCUGAUCUAUCUCUGCGGAAGUGCCAAGAACGGCUUUCUAAUGGCAAAUGAAGCAUGUCCUUGCCCAUGUGAUAUUGGAGAUAAGUUUGAAUAUGGAGCAAAAGGCCAGGAGAUUCAGAUUGAGCACAUAAAAGCUUAUGUUUCUAAACCUCAUUCCAGCACAGAUAAAGCAGUGAUCGUAGUUCAGGAUAUUUUUGGAUGGCAACUUCCUAACACUCGAUUCAUGGCUGAUCUACUCACAGCUCAUGGAUACAUAACAAUCUGUCCAGAUUUUUUUGUGGGGCAGGAAUCUUGGAAGCCAUCAAAUGACUGGUCUACAUUCACUGAGUGGCUGCAAACUCGACAAGCAACAAAAGUGGAGAAGGAGAUGAAUGUUGUACUAAAGUAUCUGAAGGAGCAGUGCCACGUGAAGAAGAUUGGAGUCAUUGGCUUUUGCUGGGGUGGAGUUGUGACUCAUCAUUUGAUGCUAAAGUACCCAGAACUAAAAGCAGGGGUGUCCUUCUAUGGAAUAAUCCGUGAUGUUGAAGACCGCUAUAAUUUGCUAAACCCAACAUUAUUCAUUUUUGCAGAGAUAGACCAUGUCAUUCCUUUAGAGCAGGUAUCUCUACUUGAACAAAAGCUAAAAGUGCACUCCAAGGUUGAUUUUCAGAUCAAAGUGUUUCCAAAACAAACUCAUGGCUUUGUGCACAGAAAGAAAGAAGACAUUAAUCCAGAAGACAAACCUUUUAUUGAAGAAGCAAGAAAGGACAUGUUAGAGUGGCUGCAAAAAUAUAUUAACUGAUUCAAUGUCUGGUUUUAUAUUUUCAGAGCUGCAAUGUAUUGUAAACCAUUUGUUACAUGGAACACCAGUAACAUUGCAUUAAAUGAUUUUACCCAUUUC